AUGACACGAAGUGCCUCCAAUUCCUCCGCAGCUGUGGGCGACUCAUCCUCGUCCGACGACGAGGACGAUCUCGAGAUCCCUGUCGCCUCGUCCUCCCUCAGUCUUGCCUCGUCCUCCGCAGCUGCCAACAGCGCUCGCCUACCAGCAACCACAGCACCUCCUCCCCUCGCAUACUCAACAGCAGACACCCUGCCCGAUGCCUCACGGGCAAAUCGUCGCCCCCCUUUCUUCAGCCCACGCCGUUACGCCACUUCGAAGCACGUUACUUGCUCAGCUGUGGCAGGGCACACAAUAUGCCUCGCAUCAGGUGACAAAGUCCGCGUCUACCGCGUGGGUCCGACCGCCACCUCAACCUCAGAAAAGCUUUGCAGUCUCGUGGCAGAAAAAGGUGGGAAGGAGGUAAAGAUCACAACGAUGGCUUUCAGGCCCGAUGAGAGGAAUGAGGGGCGCUUCCUCUGGUGCGGGACUAAGGAAGGUCAAAUUUGGGAGAUGGACAUCGCACACGCCUUGGUAACGAACGUGCGACAGAACGUGCAUACCGCACCUGUCGUGCUGAUGGAGAGGAUGGGAGGAGACAUGUUGACCAUGGAUGAGUCGGGGAAGAUUUGCAUCUGGUCGGCCGCGAAGGAGAAGGGGCACCUCGAUCUGGCAAGACAGCCGGUGUCGCAGAGAAUUGCGCUUGAGAAAACAGCAGUCGUGCUGGCUUUGGGGCAUCAGCUGUGGGUAUGCGCUGGCGGAGGAGGGGUUGGCGUCACAUCGCCACCUCUGUCUGCCAGCGGCCCCUUCCAUGCCACUUCGCGCCCGAUCGGAUUAGGCGACAUGGCCAAAGCAAGCAGCAGCGGUCCUAUCGGGGCCAUCUCCUGCGGCACGCUUCUCCAGUCCGAUCCUUCUCGCGCCUACCUAGGGCACGAUAGCGGGCACAUCUCUGUAUGGGAUCGCAAGAAGAUGAUCUGUGUCGCUGUUCAAAAGCUGAAUGUGCUGGGCUUCACCGCCCUCUGCGGCGUGGGCACCUUCCUCUGGGCCGGGAAUCGUAGCGGGAGGAUUACGGUGUAUCAGCCGUCCUACCUUGAGGGGCAACACUGGCAGGUCAUCAAAUCCUGGCCAGCGCACAAGCACGGCGUGAACGCCAUUUGGGUAGACACGACGGCGCUGCGCGAGGGUGGCGGCGGCAACCAGGCCAGCGAUGAGGCGGACGCACUGGCGCUGCCCGUCGCAAGCGCAGGGAUGGACUAUCGCGUCGAAAUAUGGGAUGGCACCCUCACGCAUGACUACAUAGCUCAUCGUCUUGCGAAGCGAGUGGGCGAAUUCUCCACGUAUCGCCGGCUGAGAUCGCUGCACAUCACAUUCAACAUCGACGCCGCCCCCGCGUCGGCGCUCAACGGCUCCGUCACUGCAAUGGACUGGCUCCCUCAGGUGCUCGCCUCCUCGAACACCCCGCCGGACUUGAUCUACAUCGGUUUCCAGGAGGUGGUCGAUCUAGAGGACAAGUCGCUUACUGCGAAGAGCAUGCUGCUUAAUGCUACCAAGGGGAAGAGCCGGGCAAAGACCCAAGUGAACGAGAGGAUCAGUCACCAGUAUCGUGAAUGGCAGUCCAGGCUCAUCCAGAGCAUUCGUCUCGCCAUGCCCCCGGACGUACCUUAUACGACAGUUCACACUGAGACUCUCGUUGGCCUCCUUAGCUGCAUGUUCGUCCGGUCCGAUCAGAUGCACAGCGUGAGGGAUGUAGGCCUCUCGACCAUCAAGUGCGGAUUGGGCGGGCGGUGGGGUAAUAAGGGGGCUAUCUUGAGUCGUGUGACGAUAGACGACACGAGCUGCUGCUUCAUCAAUGCUCACUUGGCUGCGGGACAGAAGCACGUCAAGCAGCGAAAUGCCGAUGUGGCGCAGAUCAUGGAGGCGGAGGCUCUCCCGGCCAGCAUCUCGGAUGGCAGCGAUGGUGGUGGUGCUGCGGACGCGGAUGUUGUCUACGUCUCCGGCGGCGACGGUCAGCUCGUCCUAGAUCAUGAGCUCGUCUUCCUCGGCGGUGACCUCAACUAUCGCAUCGACCUACCCCGCUCACAAGUCAUCAACGCAAUUGAGCGCCGUGACUGGCCCCUACUGCAGGAGAGGGAUCAGCUCACACUAGAGCUACGCAAGAAUGCUCCCACUUUCAGGCUUAGAGGCUUUAGAGAAGCCGGGGAGAAGGAGUGGGGUCCGACGUACAAGUUUGACCGCGGAUCGGGAACCUACGACUCGAGUGAGAAGAAGAGGGCGCCGGCUUGGUGCGAUCGAUUGCUUUAUCGCGAUGCCUUGGCAGGCGAAGACGAGAGCUCGACCCCACGGGUGAAGUGUCUGCAGUACCGCAGCUGGUCCGAGCUUCAGAUCAGCGAUCAUCGCCCUGUGAGCUGUGUAUACGAGUUUCAAGUGAAGCGAGUAGACCGAGAGAAGAGGGAGGUGGUCAGGAUCGAGGAGGCAGCGAGGGGACAGGGGAAGAUUGGGGAGCUGCUUGAGGAAGCGAGACGGUUUUAUGCUAGCGUUGCAACGCCAUAAACGAAGAGCGACGACGACGACGAUGACGAUGACGAUGAUCACGACAAAUACGUUCUGAACUGUCAAUAGAUGCUCAGUAGACUGUGCUCCAUUUCAUUUCACUCGUG